CAGUUAGCUUAAUAAAAUGGCGGCUGAUGCGCAGCAUCGUUAGCAUUUGUCAGCCGUGUGGACCUUCAAAGCUAGCACGUUUCAUGUGGUGAGCUUGCGUACGUCAUGGCCCGGUACGACCCCAAGGAGAGGUUCAGGUAUCUCAAGGAGCUGGUGAACGAGUUCCACACCAGCUGCUCGAGUGAGGCGAAAGAGCAAGUUCUCGCCAACUUGGCUAAUUUUGCCUACGAUCCCGCAAACUACGAUCAUUUCAAGCGCCUAAACAUUCUCAACCUAUUCAUGGAUCAGUUGGACAGUACCAACGAUAACCUGAGGGAGUUUGCCAUUGGUGGAAUUUGCAACCUUUCCUCAGAUCAGGACUUUCGUGCUGAGGUGCUGAAGCCUGACAACCUCAGCAAAUUGAUCAGCUGCCUCUCAACAUCACAGGAAGAGACUGUGUUGUCUACAAUAACAACACUUAUUUCUCUGGGGCUCUCUGGUUGCCAGACAGAUAUCACAACAGCAUCUGUGAUCGACUGCAUGGUGCGGUAUUCGGAAUCUCCGAACACAAGGCUCAGCAACCUGGCCAAGCUCUUCCUUGAAGAUAUAUGCAGUCCUGAACAGGUCAGCAGUGUCACGAAUGCUGCUGCUGCUACUGCUGUUCCAUAGAGUAAAACGGGCCUAAUGUGGUUUUAAAGUGCAUGGGGCAUAUCAUGUUUGUACAGAUCCUUCCAUGGCGGAGCCUCUUUAAUAAUUAUAUUGAAGAGGCCAUUUCAAUUUUAAGCAUAACAUGCAUCAUAGCCAGAACUGGCAUAAAAUAUGUACCUUAUUGUAGCCCAUUGUAUUUACAGAAGUCAUUUCUAACCAUGAUGCUUGUCAUUGUAAACUGGGUCUCAACAAUUUAAGCGUGUGUAGAAUAUUGCUUUAUUUUGUUUCCACGCUGUGGUGACACGACUGAAUGUAUUGAAUAAAGUGAUGAAGUUAUGAUAACAAUAA